AAGUAGCUGAGUAACUUGACUGGCGGAGAAGUUGAGAGAAGAAGAAUCUAAAGAGUGCGGUAACGGCUGUGAGACGGUGUUUUAACGUGUUUAGUGUCUUUGUGAAGAUGGAGUCCGCGGUGCAGAUAGACGGCAGCGUGAUGGAGGGAGGCGGACAGAUCCUCAGGGUGUCCGCGGCCCUCAGCUGCAUCACCGGCUCCGCCAUCAAAAUCUCCAAAAUCCGAGCCGGCAGGAGCACACCGGGGCUCAGACCGCAGCACCUGAGCGGCCUGCAGCUGGUCUCAGAUCUGUGCUCAGGAAGUCUGCAGGGCGCCGCCAUUGGAUCCACAGACGUCAGUCUGAGUCCCGGAAAGAUCCGGGCUGGAAACCACACGGCCGACACGCAGACGGCGGGGAGUGUGUGUCUCCUCCUGCAGGUGGCGCUGCCCUGUGCUCUGUUUGCUGAUUCGUCCUCACAGCUCUGUCUGAAGGGAGGAACCAACGCAGAGAUGGCUCCUCAGAUUGACUACACACUCAAGGUGUUUAAACCGGUCGUGGAGAAGUUCGGCGUCUCUUUUGACUGUGACCUCAGAAUGAGGGGGUACUACCCUAAAGGUGGAGGCGAGGUGUUGGUGACGGUGACCCCAGUGAAAGAGCUGCAGCCGGUCACCAUGACGGAGAGAGGAAACAUCACCAAGAUCUACGGACGAGCGUUCGUCGCCGGCGUGCUGCCCUACAAGCUGGCUAAAGACAUGUCGACGGCUGCAGUUCGAACCAUCAGGAGGGAGAUCAAAGAGCUCUACAUCAACAUUCAGGCGCUGCAGGAGAAAGAAAUGGCCUGCGGGAGCGGCAACGGAAUCAUAAUCAUUGCAGAGUCGUCUACAGGUUGUGUGUUUGCAGGUUCAGCUCUGGGGAAGAAAGGUGUGUAUGCAGAUAAGGUGGGGAUCGAAGCGGCUGAGAUGUUGCUCAGAAACAUUCGACAUAACGGCUGUGUGGACGAGUUCCUGCAGGACCAGGUCAUCAUCUAUAUGGCGUUGGCAAAGGGAAGGUCUCGGAUUCGAACUGGCGCCGUGACGCUGCACACACAGACGGCCAUCCACGUGGCGGAGCAGCUGACUCAGGCAAAGUUCACGAUCACAAAGUGUGAAGACGAGCUGAGCAGCAACGUGACCUUCAUCAUCGAGUGUGAAGGAUCAGGAGCCACAAACACACACCUGUAGUACACACACACAUAUACACAUACAUACACACACACAUACACACACACAUACACAC